AUGGCAACUCAUUCAAAGCCAAGUGAAAGAACACCUUCUGUUGUUAUCGAGACAUUGGGUGCAAAGACAUCAGAAACAAAAGAUGGCUUGAGAAAAAUCAACAAUUAUCUGCUGAAAAAAGAGAUUGGACAUGGUGCAUUUGGUACAGUGCAUUUGGGUGUAAAUACACUGACAAACGAAGAAUAUGCUAUCAAAGAGUUUAGUAAAUCGCGGCUUCGAAGGAAGGAACAAAUGGCCAUGAUGAGACGAGGUCGAGGACGAGGCCGAGGUGGCAUUGCAGCCGCAAACAGAGAUCAUGGGCUGUCGAAUAGUCCCUUGGAUCUAGUCCGUUCUGAGGUUGCUAUUUUGAAAAAGUUGAAUCAUCGCAACGUAAUCAAAUUGUAUGAGGUGCUGGAUGACCCAGACGGCGAUUCACUCUAUAUGGUUCUAGAGAUGGCCCAUAAGGGUGUUAUCAUGCAGAUUGACUUGCAUCAGGUAGCGACACCAUACACAGAAUCUACCUCGAGAUAUCACUUUAGGCAAAUAAUUCUAGGCAUUGAAUACCUUCACUGCAAUGACAUUGUGCACAGAGAUAUCAAGCCUGAUAAUUUAUUGCUGUCUGAUAACAGUAUACUUAAAAUAGUCGACUUUGGUGUGUCGGAAAUGUUUGUUAAGGGAGAUGAUGCUUUGAAAUCAACCGCAGGCAGCCCGGCAUUCAUGCCACCAGAGCUGUGUACAGCAGAAAGAGGAGGGCCCGUCUCUGGCAAAGCAGCGGAUAUCUGGUCAAUGGGUGUAACGCUUUACUGUCUAGUGCAUGGUCGAGUUCCAUUUUCAAAUGAAAGCUUAUUAGGAUUGCAUGAAAUGAUUCUAAAUGAUCCGAUUCAGUAUAGCAAGAAUUUAAGCAAAGAUCUGGUUGAUCUGUUACAGAAACUGAUGGAAAAAGAUCCUUCCAAAAGAAUCCUCAUGCAAGAUAUUCGGAAUCAUGCUUGGGUCACGAAUAAUGGGCAAGAGCCCAUGGUAUCUGAAGAGGACAAUUGUCAUUCGAUUUUAUCAGAAAUCACAGAAGAAGAUAUCCGGGGCGCUAUCACCAGUGUGCGACAUAUAUUCACAGUCAUGCAAGCAGUGGCCAAGUUCAAGCGACAUUCAAGAUCGUUGUCUGCUAACUCAGUCGGCUCGAUGAUGAAUAGCGAUGUGCAAAAACCACCCACCAAAACUCAAAAAAUUGAUAAUCUAUUGUCUAUACCUAAUGAUCAGCAUACACAGGUCAUUAAUGUUGUUCCUAGCGAUACAUCUGUGCAUCAAAUUCACCCCGUGGUCGUUGAGAGAAGAUGCUCACGUUCUGAAAGCCCUCCUGCAGGCAUGUCCUCUACCAUUUCAUCUACAUUUUCAUCUCAUUCAUCCGUCCAUACACCGUAUUAA